UCCUCACUACAAUCUAGCAUUUGUUCAAGCUCUCUCACCUCUCCAACGAAAACCAAGAGUCUUUCCAAAUCCCAAACCCUAAACAAAUCCACCAUGUCCUCCGCGGCGGCGACAACCACCAAGGGCGGCAGAGGCAAGCCCAAGGCCACCAAAUCGGUCACCAGGUCCCAGAAGGCUGGUCUUCAAUUCCCAGUCGGCCGGAUCGCCCGGUUCCUCAAGACCGGCCGAUACGCUCAGCGUGUCGGAUCUGGGUCUCCUGUCUACCUCUCCGCUGUCCUCGAAUACCUUGCUGCUGAGGUGCUGGAGUUGGCUGGAAAUGCUGCAAGGGACAACAAGAAGAGUAGGAUUAUUCCUAGGCACAUUCAACUCGCCGUGAGGAACGACGAGGAGUUGAGCAAGCUCAUGGGUUCUGUCACCAUUUCCCAAGGAGGUGUUCUGCCUAACAUCCAUCAAAAUCUACUGCCCAGGAAGGUUGGUAAGGGGAAGGACGAGAUUGGUUCUGCAUCUCAGGAGUUUUAGGAUCUGUUUAAGUUAGUACAAGCAAAAUGGGCUUCUUUUUGGAUCUGCUUCUUUUGGUGCGUUAGAUAGCUUGUAAUGAAGUAGCCUUUGGUGAUGUAAGUACAGCAUGGUGAUUGAGUUGUUUAGCACUCUAAUAUGUUAUUAUUCGCUUGAAAUGAAAUGGAAAAUUUAUAUUUUGUGAA